AAGAGCAUCCAGCCCAAACAAACCAAAAACCACAAGCAUGUCGAAAUUUUUCAUGGUUGCCCUGGCAUUUGCCGCCGUCUGCCUGAUCCUGGCCAGCGCCGCCCCUGCACCUGCCGCACAGCUGCUGGAUGCACAGACAGCCAUCCAGAAGAUAAUUGCUGCCUACAAUCGCAUUCCAGGACGCUCUGUCGUCCACCCUGCGGAGGUGGCCACCGUGAUUGAUCCAAACACAUUUGUGGCCUACUACUGAAAGGACCUACUCUCUGUCCC